AUGGCGGCGGCGGGAAGCGGAACGGCGGCGGAGGGGGAAGCGGCGGCGGGGGGCGGCGAUGGGGGCCCGGCAGAGCCGGCGGUACCGAGCCGCCUCCAGCUCUUCGACACCGUGGUCAACACCGUCCUGGAGAAGCUGCUGGCAGCCGGGAGCUACGAGAGGUUUGCCAGCUGCUAUCGCUGCUUCUACAAGCUGCAGCCCGAGGUCACCAGGAGCAUCUAUGAGCAGUUCCUCUUCCAGCUGCAGGCCUCCAUCAAGGAGGAGAUCCAGGAGGUGAAGCAGGAAGGGAAGCUGGAGAUGCUCUUUGACUCCCUGGACAGGUUGGUGGAGGAGGCCAAGGAGCAGCAGGAGCCUGCCUGGCGGCCCAGCGGUGCCCCCGAGGAGGAUGCCCGCAGUGCCCAGGUGCCCUUCCUGCUCAAGCACCUCUCCUACCUCAGGAGGGUGCUGAGGGAGAAGGAGGAGGAGAGCAGGCAGCUGGCAGAGGCUGUGCUGGCAGGCAGGGGCAGGGUCAGGGAGCUGCAGCAGCAGAUCCAGGCUCGCAGAGAGGCCUGGAAGGCCAUCAGCAAGGAGCAGGAGGAGCUCCUCAGGACCUUCCAGGAGCCUCAGUGA